CUAGAAGCUGCCGAGCCCACCCCUCCAAGACCUUUAUUUCCCCCUGCGGCAGCUGUCAUCUGAUCCCACGCUUUGGCUUUGAAUGGGGCUCUCUGAGGAUGCCAGAUGUUGGGAACAAAGGUCUAAAAAUAAUCUUUCCAAAUAAUCUUCCCAUCUAUCAUUCAAGGAGAGCAUGUGCUUUGUGUGAACAUGUGAGCCGAGAACCUGAUCUAACUUUGAGUAAAGAAGUUCAACAGCAGCUCCUUGCUUCUGCUUGUGGGCUCCUUUUUUUUUUUCCCCCUUUCCCUUCCCAGAAGCUGCGCAGCGAAAAGCAGCUCUCACCAGCGAUCAGCCCUCGCUCUCCCUCCCUCCCCGUCUCCCUCCCUCCUUGCCAAGACUCUGAAUCGUCUGGAUCCUGAAAGCCAGGCUCCUUAUUUCAUCUCUCCUUGGGAAAAUGGAUUCCAGGGUGCUGUCAGAGAUGCAUUUCUGUAAGAAGAUUUUCACUGCAGCCUUGUGUGUCUUAGUUUUGCUGCCAGAUUCGGGCUGUGCAAGGAACCUCUGGAAGCGUGCUCUACAUCUGAAAAUGACGGAGAAAUAUGAUGAUUAUGAGUACCCUCUUCAUUCUCACAGUUCGCACUACCAGAAGAACGACCGCUGCCCCCCACCGCCCCAGACUUUGCCUGACCGAGCCUGCGAGGUGCCCAGCUGCCGGUCGGAUUCAGAGUGUGAAAGGCACAAGCGCUGCUGCUAUAACGGGUGCAUCUAUGCCUGCCUGGAAUCUGUGCAGCCACCGCCAGUUUUAGACUGGUUGGUUCAGCCCAAACCCCGCUGGCUGGGAGGCAAUGGGUGGCUUUUGGAUGGCCCAGAGGAAGUCUUACAGGCUGAGGCCUGCAGUACCACUGAGGAUGGAGAUGAGCCUCUGCAUUGCCCCACAGGCUAUGAAUGCCAUAUCAUCAACCCGGGUAACAUGGCUGAAGGGAUCCCUAACAGGGGCCAGUGCAUCAAGCUCCGUGGAAAUCCAGAUGGACGCAACCUGAGGCAUAAAUAUUACAAGGAAUAUUUUGGGAGCAAUUCCAACAAUGUGGUCGGCUAUGUGAAAAACCAGCAGAAGCAUUUAGGCUAAUCAAAGGUGUGCCUGGCUGGACCACUCUGUUAAGCAGCUGUCAAGGAAUGCUUUACCCAUCAGUUUUCUGUUUUGGAAGAAUUCUGGUCCCAAACCUCCACGAGCACGUCUCCAGCAUUACCCUGAUCCCUGCCCACCAGUGAUAAAAAGUCUUCGCUGUUCAAGGAACAGGAUGAGUCUAGAUUUUAAGCCUAUCAGCAGGGGGAGAAAUGCGAUCCCCUGAAAGAACCACGCCGUUUAUCAGCUGCCCUUCUACCAAUGAAUUGUAAAUACCUCUGAGCGGAUCCCUAUAAGCCACAGCGCCAUUAUCAGGCUGCUGGAACAGAGCCUGCCCUUUAUGUGCAUGUUAUGUGACCGAUCCGGAUUUCAUGACCAUGAACAUAACUCAGUAUUAUACAAAUGAAGCGACGUCAGAAUUGUACCUAAAUAUCAUAUCUAAGUUACAUUAAAAUAGGCAAGAGUGUAAGAGGCUCUCUGGAUCAAAUCCAGUGCCUGCCUAUCUCAAACAACUACUUUAAAUAAGCCUUUUCAUAAGUUUAAAGUUUGAAGAAACCUGCAGGUUUCUUCUUUUCCUAUUUAUACCUAGGGUUCACCAGGUUUGACACCCCAUCUACAAGCCUAAACCUGAAAUCUUAAGAAUUUGAGGAACUCUGAGCUAGGAGCAAAACAGGUUCUAUAAAUUUUUUUUUAAAGUUACUUUCCUUUAGCUUCUCAGUCUGGUGAGCUGCAGAUCGAGAGCAAAUGAUGGAAUAGAUUUCUUUCUACAAUAUCUAAGCAGACACACGUGCGUGCCAGUCUUUUUAAGUUGUUGUUUUUAGCCAGCACAUUUAAUACUCACAAAAUGUAAAUCUGCAUUUUUGUACCUGCAAAACCUCAGCAAGAGGGCUGGAGUCUGGAUUAUUUGUUGCACAUAUUAGAAAAGAAAAAUCAGGAUAAAUUUGUGUGAUUAAAAGGAUUAUCUGGCAGAUGGGCAACUGCUUUUUAGAAGUCCUGUACCUUUAUGUUGACUGUCAUAAAUCCUUACGGUCAAGUUAUUUGUAUUUGGACCUUACAGCUUCUUUUGGCUGUUUAGCGUUAUAAAAUGGAAAACACAUUUUCUAUGAAUGUUUUUCUUUUCUGUGGCAGUCCUAAAGGGACAGUUGCAUUUCAUUUUAACAAAUCUGCCAGAAUUGCUAGGCAAAAGAAGCCAUGUUUGCUCCCUUGUUUAGUACGUGUCCCCAUCUGCAUGCAUAAAAUUAGCAUUUUAAUAUGCAGAGUAGUAGCGGUGUAUAUAAAUACCCAAUUCACAAAUACAAGUGCCUGCUUCCACCCACAAACUAUGGGAUUUUUUUCCACUCACCAAAUGUUUUAAGCCAAAGCUAAGACGCCUAUAAAACACUUGAUCCUUUGCAUACGACGUUUGCAGCUGGAGAGAUGAAAGAUGCCAAACUGCUCUUCUGUUUCCUAUCAUAAACAGGCACACUGCUCGGUGCUUUACAGAGCAAAGGAACAGAUGAAGGGCUCCACAUUUUCCUAAAUAUCUUCAUUUGUUGAACUCCGUUCACUUCUUUGUGCCUUUGUUCCAAGUUCUAGGUAUUAAAUGCAACACCAUAUUCGGACAGAUCUAUUUCUAGAAUUUUAUCAUACGCAACUUCAUACAAUGAUGUCUUCUUAACUCCUGCUGGAUGGACAGGAGUCCGUCCGUGUUUUCUAGUUCCAAUCUCAGUUUAGGCCAGAAACUUGCCGCUUUGCCGCUGACACAACUUGACAACUUAAAGCAACACAGCUCAUAAUGAAAGUCUUGCUCCUGGGUGCUGCUCAGUGAAAUGGGUUGAUUUUUUUCAGCAUUACUUUUUGCAGAAAAAUCAAACUCUGAUUAAAUGAGCAAAGCCCUUCAAUGGUUACUGCUAAGCCCCAAAGAGUGAAUGCCAAAUUGUUCUAUUUUUAAAUAAAAAAUUCAGUGCCUAAAACCAGCAGAGGAUCCAGUUGAAAAAAAUGUCUUGAGCAUUAACAAAUUUGCAAGAUUAAAACUUCAGAUCUCAAGCUAAUCUUGCAAAGGAUCCAAAAAUAUGCUUAAUUUGAGUGGACACAUUCACUUCAGUGGCUGCUUUUUUGUAGCUACAAAAGCACAUACCUGACCACCUUGCUGGAUGGGAUGGUAAAGAUAUUUUCUACUUGCAAAAGGAAUUUUUAAAAAAGAAUAUUGACAAAUUAAUAAUUUGUUGAUGAAUUUGUUUACUGGGUGUUAUCAAAGACAUCACCCUUCCUCAUGGUGCUAUAAUGCUUGGGGUUUUUUUCAAGUUAAUUCUUUUCAAGUUAUCGAUUGUCAAACUCAGAAACAAAAGCCACAGAAGAGACUUGUCUAAAUGCUGUGUUUUCAACACUGACAUCCAUCACAUGUUGAACCGAAAACACAGACCAAAUGAGUUGUCCUCAGCUUGUCUUCUCUCCAAAGACAAAUGGCUUAACAACAAUCUUGUGAAGCACAGUAGGAAAUCACUAAUGUAGGUUGUUUUUAAUGUUCCCAUGUACACUUUAAAGCAUGUUUGGUGCUAUAAUAAACUUUACAUGUAUCACUGUGUGCUAGCAAUGCUCACGGCCUUGCAGAUCCUCGAGCGCUGCCGGCGCUGCCAGUGGAGCUGCUCUGCCUUGCAGCAGCCGAGGAUCUGCAGCAGCCCCAGGCAGACCCUUCCUGGUUUGUGCCCCUGGUGCUUAGACAUGUACGGGUUCUGCUACUUCGGUGCUCAAUAAAAAGUGACCAGUAUAUUUUUCAACUCUGC